UUUACAGUACAAGAUCAAGACCAGUUUACUUGUACCUAGUGGAGUAGUGCCUAUACUGUUUCGUUUGGGCCUUGGGUUGAGCCAGCGAGCCUGCCAGGUGGGAACAGCGCAGCAUGACAGCAGACAUGGACACCGAGGACUGCAGUGUGGCGGUCAUCAUCAAGAGGCGCCUCACACCAUUGAUCCAGGUGGAGGUGGAGCCUGUGGGGCGAUGGUUCCACAUCUAUGAGGCACGGCGUCUGCGGGGUCACCUCACCUCUUCAGUUGGGGAGAGUGAAGAGGAAAGUGAAGAGGAGGAGGCUCAGGAGGUGGAGGUAGAGGAUGACAUACACUAUCUUCGCUCCCUCAAUCCAGCAGACUGGAAGGACCAGGAUCAUUAUGCAGUGCUGGGGCUGCGAAAGCACCGGUACAAGGCCUCUGACGAUGACAUCAAAAGAGCAUACCGCAUGAUGGUUCUGCGCCACCACCCGGACAAGCGGAGAGCGGCCGGGGAGGAGGUGAGGGACGACGACGACUACUUCACCUGCAUCACCAAGGCCUAUGAGAUUCUUGGGGACCCCAUCAAGCGGCGCUCCUGGGACUCGGUGGACCCGGAGUUUGAUGACGAGGUGCCGGCCGUCAGUGCACACAAUAAGGCUAACUUCUUUCAGAUUUUCACAUCAGUAUUUGAGCACAAUGCCCGCUGGUCCACCCACAAACAUGUCCCUGGCUUGGGCAAACCUGAUGACACCAAACAAAAGGUUGACCGCUUCUAUGGGUUCUGGUAUGACUUUGAUUCCUGGCGAGAAUUUUCAUAUCUGGAUGAGGAGGAGAAGGAGAAGGGACAGGACCGGGAGGAGCGUCGAUGGAUAGAGAAGCAGAACAAGGUGGAGCGAGCGAGGCGUCGGAAAGAGGAGAUGGGUCGGUUGCGCAGGCUAGUUGACAACGCGUACGCCUGCGACCCAAGGAUAGCCAAAUUUAAAGAAGAAGACAAAGAAAGAAGACUGGCUCAGAAGAAAGCAAAAGCAGAGGCAAUUAGGCUAAAACAAGAAGAGGAGGAGAGGAUAAGACGGGAAGCUGAGGAAGCUGAGAGGAAGAAGAGAGAAGCAGAGGAAGCAGAACAAAGAGCAAAACAGGAAGUAGAAAAAAAGGAAAGAGAGGUGCUGAAGAAGGCAUUCAAAAAGGAGAGGAAGAUGCUGCGUACACUCUGCAAGGACAACAAUUACUUUGCAUCUGAAGAGGGGGAGCGAGUGCAGACCAUGACAGACGUGGAGCUGCUGUGUGAGGCGCUGGAGCUGACUUGUCUGGAGGAACUCAAUAAGCAACUAGCACAAGUGGCCCAGGACAAGAUGCAGGGGCGGGAGGUGCUCAUGAAGGAGGUGAGGGAGAGUGUACACAGUAGUAGUAGAAUUAUUGGUACUCUGCUGACAAAGGAGGUGAGUGAGUUGUAGAUUAUUGACAAAGGAGGUGAAUUAGGGAGGUGAGUAGUUAGUUGCAGUAUGAGCAACAGUAGUAGUUUAUUAACAAAGAUGUGUGUAAAUUAUGAAGAUUAGUAAUAGCAGUUAUUUCUUUUAUAAAGGAAAUGAAUAAGGAAACCCAACAGCAGUAGCAGUUUUAGUAGUAGCAGUAGUAGUAGUAGUAGUAAUUGUUGUUUAUUAACAAGUCUCCUUUUUGACAUUUCAAGUCAAACAUUUUCUAAGCCUAAACAGACAUAUGGACCUCUGCAUCACUUGCAAGAUGAGAAUGGUUAAGUAACAUUAGUUUGUGUUACAUUACCUUACCUGAUUAACCAAAGCUAAAAUAGUUUAAAGGAAGCUAAUAUAACAUUGAAGUAUCCGCCUAAACUUUUUUCUCUAGGAUAGU